UGCAAGAACCAGUCUGCUAAGCAGGUUGCUUAUCAUUUGUGGAAGGGAAUUUUCUGUGUGUAUGGAUUCCCUAAGCGUGUGCAUUCAGAUCAGGGUCCAAAUUUUGAGAGCAAACUGAUUAAGGAGCUACUAGAAAUGGCAGGUGUCAAGAAAUCACACACCACUCCUUACCACCCAAUGGGGAACGGAAUCACUGAACGCUUCAACAGGACAUUAGGAAACAUGAUAAGAGCUUUACCUCCCCAGUCAAAAGCCAAGUGGCCACAGUCUCUUCAGAUGCUAACAUUCUGUUAUAAUUGCACUGUUCACGAGACCACAGGCUUUGCGCCUUUCUAUUUGAUGUUUGGGAGAGUCCCACGUCUUCCCAUCGAUGUGAUGUUCCAACAUGUUCUCCGAAAUGACACUGUUGUUAAGUAUUCUGAUUUCGUAUCUAGACUUAAAUGUGACCUUAGUGAGGCUGCAAAAAUUGCACAAAAGCACACUUCUACUGAGCAAGCUCGGCAUGCAAGGAUUUACAAUCGGAAAGUGAAGGGAUCGCCCUUGAUUGUUGGUGACAGAGUCCUUUUGGCGAAUCGUGGUGAGCGUGGCAAACGGAAAGUUGCAGACAAGUGGGAGUCCAAUCUCUACGAAGUGAUGUCAGUAAGGUCACCAAUCAAUGUAUAUCGGAUAAGAGACACUGAAACAAACAGAGAAAAGACUGUCCACCGAAAUCUUUUGCUCCCUGUUAACUUUCUGUACAAUGAUGAUGAGUCAGAUUUACCAUCUCAGUCUCCCUCAGUUGAAUCAACCUCAGACUUACCUGAUGAUCCUGACAGUAUUUCAAGGACCGCUCACUGGAUUGUGCAGUCUGAUCAGCAUAGCUGCCCUGACAUUGACUCUGACUCAAUAAUUUUGUCUGAACCUCAGUGUUCUUUAGUCGUUCAGCAUUCUGAUUCAAAGGCAGAUUCUGAUACCUGUGAUAGCUCAGUAUCCGCUCAACAGGACUGUGAAAUGAUAAGUAACAUUCCACAUUUGUUGGAUGAAGUACUAGUUCCAGAUGUAGACUUAGACCAGAGUCCCUCACAGCACUCUUUGACUAGGCCAAUUUCACCUCUUUCAAAAGUAGUCAAUAACCCUGUUCCGGAUACAGUUAGCCCUGUAAUUUGCACUCAACCAGAACACAUUCAAACAGACAUGAUUAGAACGAGGGCUGGUAGGACCGUUAAACCUCCACAAAGAUUGAUCUGUGAGAUGAACAAUCAGUUUGUACUUGAUUCAUCACCAUCUGUGAUUUCUCUUCUUGAUGUAGUGAAAAAUCUCUUUCGUAAAUGAGUUGGUUUCAUUUUGAGCUGGAAUUUUCUCUUUAGUAUAGUCUGAAUUUAAUUCAAUCCUUGAAUUGCGUAUCUAAAGGGAGGUGUUUAAGGCAUCUCUUUAGUCUGUGUUUAGUCUGGAUUUUGGUACCGGUCCAUUCUUGCAUACCUCUAAUGGAGGAAUUUUGUAAUUGAUAUUUACGAUGAAAAGUGUCAAGGAUAUUCCCGUUUUUUUGUUUAUUUUUUUUCUAGUUCUUGUGUUGUUAAGCUUUAUUACUGUACAGGCACUGCCCCAGUUUAGCAUAAUUUAAGGGGGGUGUAUGUAACGGAGUAAAUAAGUGUGUUAAAUAAUGCCUAAAUGGGGACAGCGCCCUCUAGAGUGUGCGUGAUGUAAUAAGUGCGUGGAGUAGAGACCGCCCACAGCAGAGUUAACGAAGCAUUGCUGUGGAGGUGGUCAUUUUCUUUGAACCAGCAACUAUUUACACGCGCUGUCUGUCUCCAUUGUACAGGUAUGUGUUAAAUGUUAUAAAUUAAUUGUUUGUAAUUAUUUUUCUUCUUACUCAAAACGAGUUACUAAAAGUCUCCACUAGAUGGGGAAGUUUCAUUACUUUUGGAGUUGAAUUGUAUUGCUCUGUUACACUCAGUGAUUGUACAUUAAGAAUUGUGAUUCAUUAAUUUGUCAUGUAAAAUUCAAAGUGUGUUAUGUUUUUCAUAUUCUGACUGUUAAAAUUUACACUAUACGAUCACAAAGUUAAAAAGAAUUCAUUGGCAUAUAAAAAAUAUACAUAAAACUGUUUUAAAUAAAACAGAGCAGAGUUAACGAAGCAUUGCUGUGGAGGUGGUCAUUUUCUUUGAACCAGCAACUAUUUACACGCGCUGUCUGUCUCCAUUGUACAGUGUACAGUAAGAAGACAGCCCAAGCAAGA